ACAGCCGGAAGUCAUUUUAAUCACGUGGUGGUAGUGGAUUAUAGUAUAUCAUUCUCUUUUCCAGAAUAAAACUUUCGUCUUUAACGGGAACAGGAGAGAGAAAUUAAUUUCCCAGGACGAAGUUCUGAAGCUGUGUAACCGAAAACCGUAGCUUGAGAGGUUCGUACCAUGGAGAAGGUGAUCAACUGUUUCAGUAGGCAGCCCGGAGCGGCAGUGAGGCUGCUGUGUUUUCCCUGGGCCGGCGGCGGAUCCGUUCAUUAUGCCCGCUGGGGAAACCUGCUGCACAGCUCUGUUGAAGUGUAUUCCAUUAAGCUACCUGGGAGGGAAGCCAGAGUGAAGGAGAAUUUCUUUGGGAGCAUGCAGGAGGUCGUGGAUGAGGUUGUCAGUGCACUGCUACCAGCACUGCAGGAGAAGCCCUUUGCGUUGUUUGGCCACAGUUUUGGAGCCAUGACCUGCUGUGCAGUGGCUGAAUACCUGAAGAGGGUACACAAUAUUGAGCCUGUGCACAUGUUCCUGUCUGGAGUCUCUGCUCCUUAUUCAGAGACACGAAUUCAGGCUCCUAAGAAAAGCAGACUCUCCGAUGAGGAGUUUCUGCAUUGGAUGAAGGUUGCCGGGGGAACUCCAUCAGAACUCCUGGCAGAUCCUGAGAUUGUAAAAUUGUUCUUACCUGUCCUGAAAGCCGAUCUUCACAUUGUGGAAAACUUCAAGUUUUCCAGACCUGAUCACCCUUUUCUCUCAUGUCCCGUGUCCUGUUUUGAUGGAACUGACGAUUCUCCUCAUGAUCUAGAAGCCUGGAGGGAUAUUACAAGUGGAGAAUUCAACAUACAAAUGUUUCCUGGAUCCCAUUUUUACUUGAAAGAUAAGCUCAAUGAGAAAGUCCUGCUGGACUACAUAACAAAGCACCUUGAGACAGCGGAAAUGGACUACUUAUAGCAUAAAUAAUCGUCUUAUAAAUGUAAUUUAAAUAGAAUUUCCUACUGUUAUGGGGCCUUUAUUGUGACAGUUAAUUGAAAGCUUUUACGGCUGGAAUCCAGAUGGUCUAAACUGUAGUUAUAAAAAAAAAAUGUCUAGCAGAAAAUCAACUCCUGUUCCUUUUCUUCAGAUUUCUGAAGAUGUUGACCUACACUAUAUGCUAUUGUCACGUGCUUCUUUUUUAAUAACAUCUUUUUAUUAAGUACUUUGACUUCAACAACUCCAGCUGAUCCAAUACUGUUGUCGUUUUUUAGGAAUGUGUCUGCUGGUAAGAAUUAUACAUUACAGAUGUCAUUUGACCAUGUUUUAGGUGAGAGCACGGAAUGGACCAUGUAAAUAAAUAAUAAAAGAAUAACGAGGAAAA